AUGGCUCCCGUUAAGGACGCGCUGCGUGCCUUUCAUGGGUACAACGACGAUGCGACGAUCCUCCAAAAUUUCAACAGUAUCGCCACGUUGUUCGAGCCCAAGCCCCUCGGGCUCGGUCUGCCGUCGGAGUCGCCAUUCGGGGCAAUGCUGAUGGAGUUGCUAACCCUUGGUGACAAAGCUCCCUUCGUAGCAGCGGCCGACGGCGCAACGCCUCUCGGAGAGGUGGUCGCUAGGUACGUGGAGGUGUCGCAGCCCGCGCUUUGGAAGUUCUUUUCCGCCUUCCGCGCCGUAGUCCCGUUGAAAGAAGAGCGACGUGGGAUCGCGCAGCAGCUGCUCGCCGCCUGGGGCGUGCCGUUGGACGAAAAGAGUCCGCGGGACGAGGCGCGACGCCCCAUCCAUAUCGUGUUGGACGUCCACUACCCGGGGGGCGCUUUUCUUGGCCUCCUAGCCGAGUUUCUGGAGGACCCCGGCGUCUUUCCGGCGGGCGGCAAGCUGUUUGGGUGGGCGGGCAAUCCGUAUGUCGCGGCGAUGAUGUCCCCCUGGAUGGGCUCAGCUGCAACGGCCGACGCAGCUGCCGUAGCCGACAUGCACAAGAUAAUAUUCGCCGCGCCGACCGGUCCCUAUCUCCCGGGAGGCGGGGACGUCGCCGCCAUCGUCCGGAGCGUGCUCAGUCUGCCCGGCUGCCCGAGCGAGGUAUCAAAAGAAAAAAUCCCCCCUCCCCAUAUCAAAACGGAAAUCUGUGAUGCAGAUUUGUUGUCACAAAUCAGCUUUGUCAUGCUACGCGGGAAAAUAUGCGGACUGUAGUGCUGGGUGGCGUGGGGGAGCCUUGCAUCUUCAGCAUGACAGGAGGCAGCUGAGAGUGGGAAACAGCAUGACAAAUUGCCUGCAAACGAGACCACGACUGCGGCUCUUGGCCUUCUAGCAUGACAAGUCGACUUGGUGCCUCAAAUCCUGCAUCACAGAUUUCCAUUUCGAUAUGGGGAGGGGGGAUUUUUCCGUUUGAUACGAGGGAGAAGAGGUUUCCUGCCCCUUCCCGGACUGGUUUCCGGUCGAUCGGAUCUGCUCCGCGCUGCCCUGGUUUCCGCGCGACAACGCGGCGCUGGCGGGAGGUGGGUACGAAAGACUCGUCGCAGGGACAGCCGGCGAGCCGGUGCACUCGCUGUUCGCCGGUGACGAUCCGGCGUUUGCGAAGCGGGUGUUCUGGCUGAACAGCGGUGCUCCGCCUGCCGGAGAACCGGAAGCUGCAACUGACGUGGCGCCCCAAGUCGCGGAGCUCGAAGCGCUGGCAGUUGCCGGCGCAGGAGCCGGGCCCACCACCUCGGGCGCCGCGGCGGGUGCGGGGCAAGUAGUGGUGGCGAAACCUCCGAAGACGCUGGUGUUUGUGGCUUUCGGCACGCAAGUGGCUGGGGUUCCGCUGGUCGGGGGUGGAAACAAGGGAGAACGCCGCACUAAAGUUGUGAUGUACGUAGAAUCCAAAUCAGAAACAGUGACAGAAACCACAAUCGUGAACAAGAUGAAAUGGACAUGUUUUCGAAGAUCGGUAUGAUCGGUUGAAGAAGAAGAAGGUGUUGUGCUACUGAACACGUUGUUUUCAAGCAGGUCGAACGCCUGCUGCUUCAGCUCCUUCAAAUUCUCCUUGCUCAGUUCGUUCGGGUCUACGUUCCCCUCGGUGGCCCGGAUGUUGUUCGCCACCCUGGCGACAAGCUUCAAGAAGUAGUAUUCUUCGUUGACCUUCAAGAACUGGUGCUUGUUCUGAUCGUUCACCGCACUGGCGCCGGCCUUGCGGGUGAAGAUCUGCCAAACCUGGUCCUUGGAACCGGCCAGGUACACGUACUUCGCCGCGUUUAUGGUGGCUAGGCCGCCAAUCUUGUUCUGCGGGGCACGAGAAUUCUCAGGUGGCACCAUCUUUACUUUUGAUGCAUAUAGUGUCUUAUUCUGCUGGGAAAAGAUGUCGUAAGAUUUACUCGUGUUCUUGGGGUGCAUGCAAGAAGUGGCUUACUGUAUACGGAGGCUCAUAACUCUGUUGAUCGGUAGAUCUUGCCACUUGAACACGUUUGUAUUGCGUAUGCCCGGGGGUGACAAAAAACUUCUUCCUGAUUGUUUUGCUCAAUCUUGAGCCAACGGCUCACA